AUGAGCACUAAUCAGAGUCUGUCACAGCUGCUUAAUGCUAAUGAGAAGGUAUUCGAGAAAGAUACUGAUAAACUCAAAGGUGUGAAAGCCAGAUUUAACUGGGAAGGGAACUCCAGUGAUGACUGCUGCCCGGUUGCUACCCCACCCUACCCGUCCCCUCCUACCCCACCCUCCCCUACCCCUCCCCCGUCCCCGACCCCUCCUACCCCACCCUACCCGUCCCCUCCUACCCCACCCUCCACUCCCCCUCCCCCGAACCCUCCUACCCCUCCCUCCCCAACCCCUCCCCCGUCCCCGACCCCUCCUACCCCACCCUCCCCGACCCCUCCUACCCCACCCUCCCCUACCCCUCCCCCGUCCCCGACCCCUCCUACCCCACCCUACCCGUCCCCUCCUACCCCACCCUCCCCGUCCCCUCCUACCCCACCCUCCCCGACCCCUCCUACCCCACCCUCCCCUACCCCUCCCCCGUCCCCGACCCCUCCUACCCCACCCUCCCCGUCCCCUCCCCCGUCCCCGACCCCUCCUACCCCACCCUACCCGUCCCCUCCUACCCCACCCUCCCCUCCCCCUCCCCCGUCCCCGACCCCUCCUACCCCACCCUACCCGUCCCCUCCUACCCCACCCUCCCCUCCCCCUCCCCCGACCCCUCCUACCCCUCCCUCCCCAACCCCUCCCCCGUCCCCGACCCCUCCUACCCCACCCUCCCCUACCCCUCCCCCGUCCCCGACCCCUCCUACCCCACCCUACCCGUCCCCUCCUACCCCACCCUCCCCGUCCCCUCCUACCCCACCCUCCCCGACCCCUCCUACCCCACCCUCCCCUACCCCUCCCCCGUCCCCGACCCCUCCUACCCCACCCUCCCCGUCCCCUCCCCCGUCCCCGACCCCUCCUACCCCACCCUCCCCGACCCCUCCCCCACCCUCCCCUACCCCUCCCCCGUCCCCGACUCCUCCUACCCCACCCUCCCCGACCCCUCCUACCCCACCCUCCCCGUCCCCUCCCCCGCCCCCGACCCCUCCUACCCCACCCUCCCCGACCCCUCCCCCAUCCCCGCCCCCUCCCCCGUCCCCGACCCCUCCUACCCCACCCUCCCCGUCCCCUCCCCCCCCGACUCCUCCUACCCCACCCUCCCCGACCCCUCCUACCCCACCCUCCCCGUCACCUCCCCCGCCCCCGACCCCUCCUACCCCACCCUCCCCGACCCCUCCCCCAUCCCCGCCCCCUCCCCCGUCCCCGACCCCUCCUACCCCACCCUCCCCGUCCCCCCCUCCCCCGUCCCCGACCCCUCCUACCCCACCCUCCCCAACCCCUCCUACCCCACCCUCCCCGACCCCUCCCCCGCCCCGACCCCUGCUACCCCACUCUCCCCGCGUGUGCGCCUAG